AACAUCUCCUCCAGUGGCCAGGGAUUUCCGGGGUGGGGUGUUUCCCUGCGCUGCCCUCGGGAGCCUGCAGCCGCAGGAGGCUCUCACCUGCCUUCGGCUUUCCAGCGGGGCGGCCGGCGCCGGGCCGACGGGGAGGGAGCGGGGCCGGGCCGGGCCGGGGGCGGCGGGAGGCACCUGCCGAGCGGCUCCUUCUCCCGCUGGGCGCCGGCUGCGCUGCUCGCCCCUGUCCCGGGACAGCCCGGGUCGGGUCCGGCCCCGGCCCCCGCCCCCUGCAGGGCCGCCCGUGGGCGGGGGAGGCUCCAUGGCUGCGGAGGGGCCGCGCGGCCGGGCCGGGCUCCGCCGCUUCGUGCCGCCCGCCCCGUGCCACUAGCCCGGCCGGACCGACGGACGGAGCGCCGGCUGCGCCGCAAUGUUGCCCGCGGGGGGCGGCUACGCCGUGAAGAGGAGGAAGAAGCCGGUGCAGAAAAGCCCCAAGCUGCCACCUCCUGAAGGUGUGAAGUCUAACCCAUCCAAACGGCAUCGGGACCGUCUUAACCAGGAACUGAACAAACUGACCAGUUUGCUGCCCUUCCCUGAGGAUGUUCAGGCAAGGCUGGAUAAACUCUCCAUCCUUCGUCUCAUUGUGGGGUACCUGAAGGUGAAAAGCUAUUUUGUGGCCACUGCAAAGAACAAUGGCAGCUCCAUGACUGAGCAGACUGGGGCACCAGGCGGAACUGGACAGACUAAUCUGCAGAUCAAUGGAGAAGCAUUCUCUGAAGGGGACCUGCUCCUUCAGGCUCUCAAUGGAUUUGUCAUCUCAGUCACCGCAAACGGUUACAUCUUCUACAUCUCCCCCACAGUGCAGGACUACUUGGGAUUUCAUCAGUCUGAUCUCAUCUACCAAAGCGUGUAUGAGCUGAUCCACACUGACGAUAGAUCCAUGUUCCGGUGCCAGCUGCAUUGGGCCUUAAAUCCACCGGCAUCCAAUGAACCAGACCAAAGCACAGAUGCCAUGCCCUUGAGCCAGACCUUUGUAAACAGCAACACUGCCACAUACGAUCCCCAGCACCUGCCUCCUGAAAAUUCCUCCUUCUUGGAGAGAAGCUUCAUCUGUCGGUUCCGCUGCUUAUUGGACAACUCCUCAGGAUUCCUGGCUCUGAAUUUUCAGGGUCGCUUGAAAUUCCUUCAUGGGCAGCAAAAGAGAGCUGCAGAUGGGUCCCUCAUGCCUCCCCAGCUGGCUCUGUUUGCCAUUGCAACUCCUCUCCAGCCUCUCUCAAUCCUGGAGCUUCGAACCAAGACAUUUAUCUUCCAGACUAAACACAAGCUGGACUUUACCCCCACUGCCUGUGAUUCAAGAGGAAAGGUGGUGCUAGGGUACACAGAAACCGAACUCUGUAUGAGAGGCUCUGGGUACCAGUUUGUCCAUGCAGCAGACAUGAUGUACUGCGCAGAAAACCAUGUGAGAAUGAUGAAGACUGGAGAAAGUGGAAUAACUGUCUUUAGGCUACUGACUAAGAAAGCAGGCUGGGUCUGGGUCCAGGCAAAUGCAAGGCUGGUGUAUAAAGGGGGCCGUCCAGACUGCAUCAUUGCCAGACAGCGGGCCCUGUCAAAUGAAGAAGGAGAGGAGCAUUUGCGCAAGCGGAGCCUGCAGCUGCCUUUUAGCUUUGCCACAGGGGAAGCAGUCCUGUAUGAGAAUAACCUUCCAGGAUUCCUGGACUCUUUCCAAGCAAAGACAGGGUCAAAGACAAAGAAAGAUGCCCUCAUGGAACAGGACUCAAUAGAUCCCAACUCUCUUCUAGGAGCCAUGAUGAAACAAGAUGAAUCCGUGUACGUCUCCCAUGCCAAUAAUGUGCCACAACUCUCCUUGGCAGAUAUCCUUGAUGUUGUAGAAGAGCCAUGCCAGAAUGAAAGAAAUGAGGAAGACAUCAAAGAAGAAAAUAAUCCAUUCCUGGUCAUCAUUGAAACUCUCUUUGAGAAGAGCAACAUUGAUAGUAACAUUUGCCAAACUCUGCAGAACUUGGAUGUAGAUGACCUGCAAUUACAGCACUGGGAAGAAACCUUGCUCAACAUGGAUGUUGAUGAGCCAGUGGCCCAGGACUUCCCUAAGCAUCCGGGCGAUGAGGUGGCCUCCUAUGUGGAGGAGAUGCUGUAUAAGAAGGAUAAUGGAAAGAAUAUGGACUUCCCACAGUGCAGUGCGACUGCUUCAUCUCAGGCCAUUAUUCAGCAAAUUCCACUGCAACAAAUUCAACAAAGUUCUCACCUAAGCACAUUUCAGACUCCCCUCAGAAGUAAUGUGAAAUGCAGUGAGCAAAGCACUCCUCCAGGGUAUUUCCAGCACUGCUGGGGGACUGAACCAUCAAUUUCUAUCUCGCCUGUAUUCCAGAAUCCAAUGCAGUUCUUACCACAAAGCACACUAGGCUCUGACCCUCAGGUUCCUCUAGUUGCUGCUACACCCAAAAAUUUAUUUUCUAAGCCAAAAAAACAAGCACCAUUUGACCAACCAGAGUGGCUGAGAGGGAAUAUUUCUGACCCCUUGGGUUCUGUUAACCAGCCAACUGUUGGAGUUAAUAAAAUAAAUCCUGUAAAGGUAUUUCAGCAAAAGGGUACUUCUUCAGUUCCCUUGAAAAAUCUCAUUCCUAAAAAUCAGAUGCAGCUGGACUCCAAUCUGAUUGGCUCAAAUCAUGCCAUUCCCUUAAAAGUGAAACAACAAGACAGGCAGCAGCAUGACCCGCUUGUGUCAAUGAACUCAGUCAUUGGUUUCCAUCAGGAUAAUUCUCCAGGAAGUCACCCUUCAGAUAUUUGGAAGUCCCCUGUUCAGAAUCAGCUGCGAAUCAACCCGGUGCAGAUGGAGCCACAAGCUGUACUGGCAGACGGCCAACAGAAUGUGUUUGGAUCACGAGUCGCCAAUCCAUGGAUGUCAUCAUCACAGACCACCCAUUACGCAGGUCAGGGUGUGCAGGGAUUUGGUGUAACACAGCAUAAUGCAAUAUCUGCUUCUCUUCUGCAAAAAUCGAGUCCAGUAGAGUCUGAGCAGUUGUGUGGAAGCCAUUCCUUUCCAAAACAGGCAGCUUCACACAAACCUCACCCAAUACCAAACUUUUACAAAAAGGAGAAACGACAGAUUCUUCAGGCUGAACAGUUGUUAACAGAGCAACAACAGCUGUUGCAAGCAGAGCUACACCAUCAGGUGCACUGCAGGCCAGGCCAGAUGCGAGACAAUGGACUGCCGCUGAUCAGCUGCUUGGAAUCAAAAAUCCAGUCUCACUCUCAGGUGGGAAUGCAGCAAAUGGACAGUGUUCUUGAAGCUUCACUGAAGUUGUCGUCAAAUAGCACCUUACCUAGCAGUGUUGUGCAGUCUCCAUGGGAAUAUGCAAGUAGUGAGCCACCCUUUGAAAACGAUGCUGAAUUUGCUAAAGCAGCUCAUACCACAUGCCUUCUGCAGCAACCAAAUACUGUGCCCUGCCAUGCUGGAAGCAAUCCAGAAGCACUGUGUUAUUACCAAAGGCCUACAGAAACUGUUUUAGGUUCCUUGAUAACUUCUCCCUUGGUAGUUGGCUUGAGAGCAAAUUCCUACCCACGUGAACCAAAUUUGCCUCCCAUGUCAAUAACAGAAGGACCAUUAAAUGGGCAGCAGCAACUUUUCACUUGCAAUAUUCAGCUCAAGUGUCACCAGAAUGAAGAAAAUGCUCCCAUGGAAUUCACCCCUGCAGUUGCAAAGGACAGCAUGUUUUUCCCAAAACACUGAGAGAGGAUGAAGCAAUAGAGAAAGAUGACUUUGGACAGAUGUGGCCUUAAAAAUGUUGCCCUUGCCAUUUGCAAGACAUUAACUCUCAUGUAAAUAUUUCAGUAUUUUUUAUAAUUAUUUCUAUUGGUGUUGUGCUUUCCGUGUGAACAAAUACACAUUUCUAAGAUGCUCUUCUGUGGAUGCCAAAGAGAUGCACUUGAAUGUUAAUUACACUUAUGCAUUUUGUGCAAAAGAGUCUAAGUCUCUCUAAUGCUGCCCUCUGCUCAUCCUUCUGAAUGAAACCAGCGAGAAUUAAGAACCAGUACUCGGAUUAAGUGCUAAUGCAACCAACUGACAAUGCUGGAACAAGUCUUUGGAGUUAUUAUAAUUUUUCCAGGACAGGCAAUUAUGAAAACAGUGGAGGCAUGUCAGAAAAAUACCUGAGCUGGUGCAAUAGGAAUUAAACUUAGGCAGCUGUGUGAUCUUAUGCUUUAACUCUGAUGUACAGAGUUCUAAUUUAAUGAGGCAAGGGUAUGAUAUGAACAGCAAGGUAAGAAUUAUUUGUGCUUUACCUCUGGUCCAUUUGGAAGGCAUGUUUGGUACCACCUGGAUGUGGAGUGCAGGCACUUGGAGUCCAGUCUGUGCCUCUGAAGUUUACCACUCAAGUUGGUGACCACGAAUGACAAAAGGACGGAGAUCAACCCAACACUUCUAAGAGAGAUGGUACCUGCCUAUACCAUACUGACUUAUUUAACUUAUAUAUUCAGUAUAUAUUGGGCAUAAAGCAGUAAUCCUACACGUAAGAAGGGCCAAGGCAUAUGGCAACUUGUCUUUUGUAUUUUUUUGCUUUCCUAUCAAAAGCCACAGGUGUCUGGCAGUAGAAGGGGUCAACGGCUGUCAGACAUUCUGAACCAACAGACCUUUGUCAACCAAUAAAACUUUUCAUGAAUUGCGAUGCACCCUUAACAUCAAACUCAUCAGGGGAAAGGGAGAAGGAACAGGCUGGUCUGAUCUGGGGAUUAUAUACCAUGGCCUCAUGUGCCACAGUUUGGGAACCACUGAAGUUAACUGACUGACAUAUUCUAUGCAAUUGCAGUGACUUCUGUGCAGAUGCACAAGGCAUAGCUUAGCAAAAAAUUAGUUCCAAUGUACAUGUAAAAAACACAGGAUGAAAGUCUUCCUCUUCAAAUAGGAGAAUCCAGCAGAAGAGUAACUGGGAGGAUUUAGCCUGACAUCUAUUUCCUAUUGUGUAUCAUCAUAUCUAAUUCAUUACAGUGGUGGGCUGGUGCCAGACUCUUGCAUUUGAUCAGAAUACUGGUUGACUUAGGGCAUGUUUGCACUACCAAAGUGGGGAGUCCAGAACUGCCUCUGCUUGGUUGCUCACUCUUGUUCAGCACAUGCCAGAAACAUAAGAAUUGGAUAGUGUGGUAGGUUAAGCAAGUCCUUGAUCACAUGCCCAGAGCCUCUCCCAGCUUCUCCAUUUUGGACAUACUUUUUGGCAUUUGCUCAGGCCCAUUCUAAGCUACCUAUAUCCCAAAUUUCCAGCCUUUGAUGAUUGCUGACCAGGAGCAAAUGAGUGUGAUGUCCUUCUCAGCACCAUUCCUGAGCUUGCCAUAGAAGCAGCAGUGUAGCUGUGUCUUUGGAGAUGUUGCUGUAAGCAGCAGCUUCAAAGCCCAACCUAUUGAUUCAGUAUACAUAUAGAAUUUGUAAUGUUAUUGUGUCAUAUAGAAUUAUCAAUGUAGCAAUGUGCCACUACAUGGCAAAAGACCUUUGUAUAUGUUUCUGCACUUAGUAGUUGUCUAUCCCUAAUUGCCUAUAGGACAUUUGGUUAUGUGGCCUUAGCCCUUACAUGGGCAUUCUGAGGGGGGGGAAAAAAAACUAAGCAAGUAGGAUGCUUUACUUUAUUUUUGUACCUUGUCCUCCGGGAUUUUGCACUCAGCCCAAUGACUCAGAUGGUUCAUGAAGCACAGUAUGAAAUCAGGGAUUGAAUUUUGUCUUUCUGAUCUCUUACAUGGUUAGGAAGUAUGUACUCCUCCUGAAAACACUUCCACUGAUCUGCCAAAGUUCAUUUGUUUUUCUACCCAAGCCAUUUUCUAAUUGUGAAACACAGAACCUUAAAAGCAAGAAUUUUGCCAGGUUUAACAGUUUGGUCCAUUUUUGUCAUGCCAUUUAUUGUCUGCUAUAUCAAAUGCAGGGGUUCUCACAACCUUAACCAACCUUAAGACAUCAAUGCCUCUUCUACUGUUCCAUCUCUCAGUGAAGUUUGAAAGGUUGUUUGAGUCCCAGGCUGUGUCUGUUCUUUUAGUGGCCCCAAUUCAGCAAAUAAUUUUUGCACAUGCUUAAAUAAAGUAUAUGCUUUACAUCCAUCUCCUUGGACCUCUGUAAGAAGUUAAGCACACAGUUAGGAAUGCGUUUAAUAUUAAGCAUGUGCUUAAUUCUAUCCCUGUUGAGCAAAACACUUAGACCCUUUGCUGAAUCAAGUCCUUUGGAUUCACAGGGGGGCUAUAAUAGCCCAUUUGCUAUCAUUUAAGUGAGAGCCGCUCUAAUUAAAGUGCUAAAGCAUCUCAUCCCUGUGUUUCAAAAUAGUGGUGGGGGUGCUUGAACUAAAGCUCAUUCAGUGAGUUUAAGUGCAAGUGCAUCUCCCAGCAUUUUAUACGUGAUAUUGAUGGAUGAUACGUGAUAUUAAUAGUCUGCUCUGACACGCUGUAAUUGCAGCGUGUCAGAGCAGGCCUGCAGCAUGUCUACAGGUACCCUCAGUGUCUUUCAUGUUAGAAUGACUUUCACUUUAAUAAAUACCUUAGAGCAGCAGUGACCAACCUGCAGCAUGAAUGCCACAAAUGGUACAGGCAGCCUCUGUGUGGCAUGUGGCAGAUUGGGGAAGGGGACAGGCAGCACAGCAGCAGGCGGGCAGGAAGCAGUGCAGCAGAUUGGGCAGAGGAAGAGGAUCAGGGGCACUUGGCAGAGGUGUGGGGCUAAUUUGUGGCAUGCCUGCCAAAAAUGUUUGCUCCACUGCCUUGGAGCUUGGUCUUUCUGAGGCUUGAAGGGCUCUCAAUUCUCAUUCAAACUGGUGGCAAACCAGUAAUACCAAAACAAUGACAACUGGUAGCCCUAUAAAUCCUUAAUAAAGCCCCCCCCCAACAAAAGAAUAAGAAGAAACAGCAUCAGGAAUUGCAUUGGUUCCAAAUGCUUUGGGAGACAAAAGUUGUUUUCUUUUUCACUCCAAAUGAAAGUCUCUACAUACUAUCAAAACUAGGCUGAAAGCUCUAACUAUUCCAUACCCCAGCAUAAUGAAAAAGGGCUUCCAUGAUAUUGUCUUGGGUGCAGAAGGCAGUGCCAAAUGUAUGUUCGUAUAUGAAAAAGCAGCUCUGAGUUUAUCAUUUUUAAAUUCAUACUCCACUGGAUUGUUAGAACUGUCUCCAAAGUCUAAUUCAUUUUCCUGGUGCAAGUGCUUGCCUAUCAUUCACACCAGUGAGACUGGCCUGAAGUUUCCUAAAGCACUCUGCCUUCAGUCUAGCAAAGUGAAAGCUGACAGGGGCUGCGACUGCUUUCUAUAAAUACUUUAGGGAGGUACGUGUCUGGGAGAGAGAAGAGUUAUUUAAGCUGAAGGACAGUAUUGGCACAAGAACAGCUGGGGAUAAACUAGCUAUUAAUAACUUUAGACUGGAAGUUAGAAGACGGUCAUGAACUGUCAGAGAAAUGACAUUCUGCGAAAGUCUUCCAAUAGGCUAGUGGGGGCAACAAACCUAACCAGGUUUUAAGAUGGCACUUGAUCAUUUCCUAAAGGGGACUAUAUGAUGUGACUGCUUCCAGACUCAAUUACAUGGGUCUUUUCAAGUCCUUGUCCCUGUGCUUUUGGAAAACCUUCCCUCCCUUGGUACUCUGUGGCCUUGCUUACAGAAGUUGUGCCAUGAACUGUACUGGUAUCGUGAAAAAUAACAUGAUUCCUGCCACCUCCCAGUAUGGAUGCAGUUUAACUGGUAUAAUUCUCUAGCAGGCAUAACUAUUCCAAAACAAAUGCUAUGUAAAGAGUAGAUCUUAGCUAUCUGUAGACUAAAAAGUAAGAAAACAAGAACUUACGUGUUACAACCAAGACAGCUACAAUGUCAGAAAUAUAGGUGUAUAUACUGUUGAUCAGAGUUCAGAGAAGAGAAGACUUUUUUUUUUGUAUAUCUAAAACCUCACUCUGUUACUUUAUGUCUUUAUAUAUGUUUGUAUAUGUAUAUUAUAUAUAAAAAUUGUUGGCGCAUACUUUUACACUUAAUGAUUUCUUUGUAUGCUGUAUGUAGGUGAAUGAGUUUGGGGGGUGGGAGAAGAGAUUGUACUGAAAGCUAACCUGCUUUGUUAUAUAUUAAAAUGCAAUUAGCUUUGUACUGAUUGUGCCUUAAAAGUGUUCCUGAGAGAGGCAUCAGAGAAAUAAUGGAGAGACUGCUCUGUGAAUCCAGAGAGCUGCUUGUCAUGCUAACAUGUAACAAAUACAUUUAAGAAGUCUUUUUUUAUAUAUUAAAGCAUUAAAUGCUAAUAUAUCUAUUACAAACAC